UCCAUCUAUCCGCCGUGUAAACUAUGUAGUGAAAGUCAAACGACACUCACUCCUACCUUCUAGACUCUACUAUAGUCUCGAAGUGUUGAUACUCUUUCUGAUCUCUACGUCACCAUGGAGUUCCACUAUAGUCGCAUGCGUCUGCCCCUUUCCAUGCUUGCUCGGCGCUGGGCACAACCUGUGGUGCAACCUAUGGUACAACCUAUGGCUCGCCGCUGUAUCGGAAUUGAAACGGCGAAAAGGAACUCGCGCCAAAAAAGAACAGCCAUUGUGACCGGCUCAAGUCGUGGAAUUGGUGAAGCCAUUGCUCGUAGACUAGCAGCAGAAGGCUAUGCCGUCACCAUCAACGACAUCGCAGCCAACAAGGCUGGCGCGGUCAGAUUGGCCGCCGAACUGAACGAGACCUAUGGGGACGGCACCUCCACGGGAAUUAUCGCCGACGUGACCUCAGCAUUGGAGGUGAAGUCCAUGAUUGAAGAAUCGGUUAAGCAGCUCGGCCCCCUGACGGCUAUGGUCGCAAAUGCAGGCAUUGCCAGCGUCGGCGCUGCGCUCGACUUGUCAGACGAAGACGUGGCGCAGACAAUGAACGUCAACUUCACUGGCGUCUGGAACUGCUAUACUCAUGCCGCCCGGCAGAUGAUCACACAAGGCCCCGUUUCCGAAGGCAGCACCGGGUACAAGAUCCUAGGCGCGUCGUCAAUCGCGGCGUACAAGCCUUUCCCUCUUCUGGCACACUACUGCGCCUCGAAGGGGGCCGUGAGGAGCCUGACGCAGGUUUUCGCAAUCGAGAUGGCCCAGCACAAGAUCAACGUUAACUGCUACGCACCCGGUAUCGUGGGAACGUCAAUGUGGGACCGCAUUGAUGAGACGCUAGGCAAGAUGCAGGGCCGCCAAAAGGGUGAGACGGUUCAGAAAUUCGUCACGGAACUAACGGCUAUGGGUAGAGUCAGCGUGCCAGAGGACGUCGCCAAGGUCGUUGGAGGCUUCCUCUGCGGGCCUGACUCGGAGUUCGUGACAGGGCAGAAUAUCGUCGUCGAUGGUGGAAUCGUCUUCUCGUGA